GUUCUAUGAGGCGCGCUAUAACAUGGAGGCGAUGCAGGAGUUCCUGGAAGAGAUAGGCCAGCUAGAUGACGUGUACAUAGUGAGUGUGGAGAAUGCGCUAGCGUGGAUACGUAACCCCGUGCGGGUGCAGGACGCUAGAAAUGCUGAGGCAUUCAGCUGCCCUGAUCGUGGGCGCGAGCGUCUGUGCGAUAAGUUCAACGUGUGCCGCUACCACAACAUCAGUUUCUACCCGAACUCGCCCGACCAUCAGGGCGACCGCGUGUUCCAGACGUGCGGAGCGUGCCCGCCGCUCUACCCGUGGCUGGGAAACCCGACCGGUUCAUCGGACGGUCCGGCAGGACCCGACGCCCCGCUACCGCCAGGGGGAGUGGGGGAGGAGGGGCCGGUGGCGCCCGGGGGGAGGGCGAAACCUGGACUGACCCUGUAGCGGGGGAAGGAGAGUGUGGGUGGCUUCCUUCUCCUGUUUGAGGAGGGUGUAGAGAUGCGGUGCGAGGGGAGAGAGAGUGAGUGUGUGUGUGUGUGUGAGAGAGAGAGA